UUCUAUUUCUAGAGAUUGUUUUUUAUGUAGGUUUUGAUCAUUAAUUUUAGUUUUAAUGACUUUCAGCCUUCAGGACUGUGAAUUUAACGCAUUUGCAAUAUUUAUAUGUCUUAAGUAAAAAGAAUCAAUUUCGAUAAAAUUUUGAUUAACAUAAUUAUUAUUUCACUACAGCUAUAGUGAGCCACGCGUGGUAGGUGUAUCGUAUAUACAAAAUCGUAUUUUGCAUUUUGUUAUAUGUAUUAUACUACUUAUAAAUUUUUUUUUAAACCAUUAACAACAAUUUAACGUGCUUGUUUUCUUAUGAUAUUUGUGAAUUUUUAUGAUUUAUAAGAGUGUUUAUUAAAUACAUUUUUUUUAUAAUUGUUCGUUAGUAAAUAUUCCGAAACUGAUUUUAAAAAAUAUUCAAAGUCUUGGUCUAAUUACAUCUUAAACCUAUAAAGUAUAAUAUAAUCAUUUUCUUAUGACACAACUGUCGGGAAAUGAAUGCAAACUACACGUAUAGUAAGCUUAGGCGCGAGUAUGGCCGACAAUGCUCGUUCGUUAAAUCCGGCCCAACGGUGUUGGCCAACGUGACGCCAGAACCAGGCACGGAAGAACAACUAUGGUCUCCAGAGGACCCAGUGGACAAAAGCACCAAUAAAGGCAACGAUUGGUCGGAGCACGAAGCAAAUACCGUGCGCGUGGAAUAUGCCGAACGCGGGAUUUUCCACACAGAAGGUGGUUGGCCCAAAGACAUAAAUCUGGACGAUCCGGAACAAGUGGUCAGGUUCCGGAAGAAGGCGGAAAAGGACGAAACGUAUUUACAAGCGGUUAUGCAAAUGUCUAGCCUCGCCGAACACUAUAUAAAUCAAAACAAUUCGAUUGACAUUUACCAACCAUACUUUACCGACCCAAGCUGUCAGAAGAUGCAAACGUUGGCACCGUCGUUCCGAACUGUGGCGGUGAUGUCGGAUCCCCGUGAACCGACCAGACCGGUACAAAAUAUAUCUUGGUCGCCCGACCAGGGCACAUUGGUUGCGGUAAGCUAUGCUGACAUGAGGUUUCAGAUGACCGACCCCGACACCAGUUCCGACUCAUUCAUAUUUGACUUAGAGGACUCCACCGCUCCUUACUUCACAAUCGAGUCGCCUCAUCCGAUUGUGACUCUCGAGUUCAACCACAGGGACGCACAGUGCCUGGCUGGUGGUCUGAUGAGUGGCCAGGUCGCGUUUUGGGACAUCCGCAAGAGCUCAAGCAACGUGGCCAUCAGCAAUAUAAGAGAUGGUCACCGAGAUCCAGUCCGAAGUCUUCACUGGAUCCAUUCCAAGACCAGCACUGAGUUCUACACCGGUUCCAGUGACGGUCAGGUUAUGUGGUGGGACGCCCGAAAGCUCACAGAACCCACGGAAGUGUUAAUAUUAGAUCUAUCGAAAGGUGAAAACGUCGACGAACCGGAAUGGACUAAAUGGGCCCGGUCGCACGGGGUGUUUUGCAUGGAUUACGAUCCUUCGAUCCCAAUACGAUUUAUGAUAGGCACAGAGACUGGAUUGGUGUUCAACGGCAAUCGUAAAGGCAAAACUGUUUUUGAGAAAAUAUCGUCCACGUACAACUGUCACUACGGUCCAGUAUAUUCAGUGCAACGGAACCCGGCAUUUUUAAAAAACUUUAUGACCGUUGGCGAUUGGCAGGUGAGAAUAUGGUCGGAGGACGUGAAGGAAUCUCCUAUAAUGUGGACCAAACAUCACGACGUGAAACUGACUGACGGUGCGUGGAGUGAAUCGAAACCAUCGGUCUUCUAUACAACUAGAGCUGACGGUUGCCUGGAUGGUUGGGACAUCUUGCAGAAACAAAAGGAUCCAAUACUCACCAUUAAGGUGGCUGACGAAGGAUUGAAUUGCAUUCGAUGUCACGAAGGUGGUGCUCUAUUGGCCGUGGGUGAUGACUGCGGAAAGACCUACGUGAUCAAAAUGAACGAUUGGUUCGUCACUGCCGGAAAAAAUGACAAAGCGCUGUUGACGGCGAUGUUUGAUCGGGAAACUAGGCGAGAAAAAAUAAUCGAAGCAAAGCAACGAGAACUAAAGCUAAAGACAAAGACGUCAGCAAAAACCGACACCACUUCAGCAAAGGAUAAACACGCUCAGUUGGCUGAAACUGAAAUCCGAAUGGUCCAGGAAGCAGAAAAAGAAUUCAUGGAGCUCAUUGACAUGGUCAAGAAACAAUCAUCGAAUGACAAUGAUAACAUGGACGAAUUAGAAAACCCAAACGAAGUUGAAAAAAGUUGUAGUGAUGCAUUGGACGAUCAGAAAAUUAUUGAUCAAUAAAGAUAAAUUAUUAUUAUAAUAAUAAUGUUCGGGUGAAAACAAUAACCGAUAGGUUCUUCAUCAAUCAUAAGGUUUCAUGAGCCCAGAAAUGAUUUAUUAAAACAUCAACAUCGUUAACUAUACUUAUCAUUAUAAAUACAUCCACAUCGGAAACUUUUAUGUAAAAAUCAUGUAAAAAUGUGUGACAACGUUUUUUGUAAGGAGUUUUAAUAAUAAUCAAUACUAAACAAGCAAUGCGACCACUUGCACCAGGGAUCAAAAAUCUUCAGUUUUGAUAUAAAUAAGACACGCCGAUUAAUAUGUUAAUUAAUAUAUAAUAAUAUGUAAAUAAUGGCCACUUGCUCAGGAGACACUGUAAUACGAUGCCCGGGAAAUUAUACAAAUUUCAUCUGAUUUCAUAUUGAUUUCAUCUAUAUCAUACUACAAAUUAGUUAAGUUUUAAUUGAUAGUAGGUGAUCAUCAAGAAACGAAUUAUAGAAUUAAUAAACCCUGCAAAAUCUAUACAUUUACCAAAAAUAUCCAACCAUACAUACAUAGAUCUCAAUCAUUUCUAAGUUGAAUAUCUCGACUUUGGGUGAUAACCUCAAAUCAUACAACAAUUUGUCAACGGGCACGAUAUUUUUGUCAGUAUGGGUUUAACGUAUAAAUUUUUUUUAAUCAUAAUUUAUGACGCAUUAAUCGCUUUUGUAGGAUAUGUUAUUAUACUUAAAUGAGUGUCGUGAAAUCAAUUGGAAUUUAAUAAUUAUGUAAAAAUAUAUUGUUAAAAAACAUUAGCUUUUUUCAAACGCUUUUAAUAAUUCUUCGUUUUGUGUAGGUUAUCAAUAUUGUAUCAAACACAUUUACUUGUCCAUUAUAUUCUGUAUGUAAUAUGUAUACCCAUAUAAGCAUAUGAAUAAUAUGAUAUUCAUUUUCUGUAAAAU